GAGGUAGUUAGUUCAAAGGUCAGGUCAAACAUGCCGGUGAGUGGGACGGUGUAAAGUGACAGAGAGUUCGCUUCCCAUUCAUUUGUACAGCAGAUUCCAGCAAAGUAAGAUGGCCAAGAGGAAGCUCAUCAUUGAUGUGGACACUGGUGUGGAUGAUGCUCAGGCCAUUAUGAUGGCAUUGGCUUGCCCUGACGUUGAUGUGCUGGCCAUCACUUGUGUGAAUGGAAAUACGAUGUUGGACCAAGUAUACAUUAAUACACUGAGGGUACUCAAGACAUGUGAUAGGAUGGAUAUCCCAGUUUACAAAGGGACAUACAAGUCCUUGAUUGGGCAUGACUUGUCGAGUGAAGGUCAGCGUUACCAUGGUAGUGAUGGGUUGGGGGAUUGUCCAGAAGCAGAACCCCCUUAUCCUAACCUGAUUCAAACAGAACAUGCUUCCAUAGCCCUUUUAAAACUUGUCAAUAAGUACCCAGGUGAAAUCACACUAGUCACACUAGCUCCUUUGACCAAUAUUGCAGUUGCUUUGAGAUUAGAACACAACUUCACAAAAAAGCUGAAAGAACUCUUCAUAAUGGGUGGAAACAUUGAAGGUGUGGGGAAUGUGACUACUAGUGCGGAGUUCAACUUCUGUACUGAUCCAGAGGCAGCCAACGUGGUGCUGAAUGAAGUUAGCUGUCCAACCUACUUGGUGGGUUGGGAAGUCUGCUUGAGACAUGCUCAAAACUGGGACUGGUAUGAAAAGGUCAUAGAACGAGAGACAAAGAAGGCCAAAUUUGUGGAAUCCAUCAUGAGAAGUACCAGGGAGCGUAAUAAGAAUGUGAUAAAAAGACCAUUCCACUCCUGUGACAGUCUUGCCAUGGCAGUGGCCUUAAGACCAGACAAAAUCGAAGAGUCAGCUCUCCACUACUGUACUGUUGAAUGCCGUGGAGAACUGACCAGGGGGCAGAUGGUCAUUGAUCACAGAGGAUUAUUAAAAAAAGAUAAAAAGAUAAAAGUUGUGACAAAAUUUGAUGUCAGAAUUUUCCGCGAGCUAUAUGAAGCUCUUUUCAAUUGACUACUGUAGUUAGGUACAUUUUGCUUCUACGUAAGAACGUUUUUGAAGUCUGCCCAUCUCCUUUAGUCUAUUGAGAUUUCACUAGGUAUGAAAUGUGUAUGACCAUUUUCAUUAAUCAUUUCGAAAUUCCACCAGUUUACUUAACUGUAGAUAAAUACUCAACCACAAUUAUGUUAAACUGAUUUUUCAAGGAUGAUUAACUAACAGGGCAAUUCUAAAAAUUCUGCCAGUGAUUGAAUUAUUUCUACAUCUGAAAACCAUUUCAUUUUAAAAUUCACCAAAUGCUUGAUUACAAAAUAAACUCAAAUACAUGAGGGUUAUGGAUGUAAAAAUUAAUAUGUAUUUUAAGAAAGCAUGUUGAACCAAGUGAUUCAGGUUCACAAAUCUUUGAUUCUGUACUGCCAUAUUCCAUAGCAGUUUGGUUUGUUUGUGCUAAGUAUAGCAAAAAAAGAACCAAAUUUGCCCUAUGAUUGUUACAAGGGCACCUGAUUGUACUGACAGACCGCAAUUAUGUCUUUUCAUCUGGUUUAAGUAUACCCUGUAAAGUCACUUGGGAAUUAAGACAUUUCCAUUUAAUACAUCUAGUUACAACAAAAUUUUAAUUACAAGUUUGAUCAGUGAUCCUCAUAAUGUUAAGCCUACCUAUCUCGCUAUAUCUUAUCAUUGGCACUGAAAUAUAAACCAGUCACCAAUGCAUUUCAAAUAGUAUUUCAAAGUAUGACAAGACAGUGUGGUUAUAAACUGUGUACUCCUAGUAUUUGAGUUUUCUAUUCUGUUGGACUUGAGAUGGGAGUAAUUGAAUUUUUUUUCGAAUAUGACACAGUGCAGUAUUUCUGCAUUAGGGGUUACAAAAUUGGAGUCCUCAGACGUGUGUUCCAGUUUGCAGCUCUUCUAUUUAUACUUAUGUAAGUUAAUUGUGUAGCAUGAUGUCUAAAAGCAUAUUAACAUACCAAAAAAUUAAUGAUAAUUAUCUACUGUGGUUAGUAUGUCAGCGAUUAUUCUAUUCACAUAAUUUUGAGUAAAUCCCAUUGUUAAGCCUUUGAUAAUAGAUACAUGUCUAUCAAUGAAAACUGGGGUAGAUUACUGCUACAGAGAAAUUAAUGUUAUUUCAGUUGAAACUUGGAUACAACACCAAGGAUAUACAUUAUAUCAAAAGCUUAUUUAUAUCACAAACUUAUUGUCUCAAAAACUUUAUGAAUAUAUUUUAGUCACGUUUCAUGCCUUUUAAUUCAUUGAAAAUACGGUAUAUUCAAACUUAUUUUUUCAGAAUUUGUAAAGUCGUCU